AUGUGUAAACACAUUCUUAACGCACAAGUCUCUAUUCGCUCCCCUUGCUGCCGGAAAUGGUUUGACUGCGCCGAAUGCCACCAGGAGCAGGAGUCGCAUACGCUGAAGAAGGCUCAGGAGAUGAUCUUUGCAUGCAAAAAGUGCAAGAAGUGCUUCCGCAAGGACGCCGCCGAAUUCGAAGAGAGUGACGAGUACUGCCCACACUGCGAUAACCAUUUCGUUCUCGAGGCCGUGACCCCCCAGGCGACGCUCCAAGUGGAAGGUGAAGACGCGCGCAUGGAUAACCGGAUGCUCAAGGAUGAUCGUGUUCGUGGUGACCAAGAACGAUCUUUGUUCAAUAUCCGUGAUGUUUCCGACCGGAUGGGCUAG